GAGUUGGAGGCGUUCCUGAAGGAGGUUCACGCCACGUACCCCUCCCUCACCCACUUGCACAGCAUCGGGCGCUCGGUGGAAGGUAGAGACCUGUGGGUUCUUGUUCUGGGGAAGUUUCCAACCCAUCAUAAGAUUGGCAUUCCAGAGUUCAAGUAUGUUGCUAAUAUGCAUGGGGAUGAGACUGUUGGGAGAGAAAUCUUGCUCCAUUUGAUAGACUUCCUGGUGACCAACUAUAAACGCGACCCAGUUGUUACCCGGUUACUUAAUAAUACCCGGAUUCAUAUCAUGCCAACAAUGAAUCCUGAUGGAUUUGAAGCUACAAAAGUCCCUGAUUGUUAUUACACACGAGGAAGGUACAACAAGAACGGAGAAGAUCUGAACAGAAACUUCCCUGAUGCCUUUGAAAGUACCAACGCUAGCAUUCAGCCAGAGACUCAAGCAGUAAUGAACUGGAUAAAAAAUGAAACAUUUGUCCUUUCAGCAAACUUGCAUGGGGGUGCCCUGGUUGCCAGUUACACCUUUGAUAAUGGUAACCCAGUUACCGGCUCUUUGGAAGGCUAUAGCAGGUCUCCAGAUGACGAUGUCUUUAUUCAUCUGGCAAAAACCUAUUCUUUGAAUCAUGCCAGCAUGUACAAAGGGACUGGGUGUGACAACAGACAAACCUUCCCAGAAGGCAUUACCAACGGGUAUUCUUGGUACCAGCUGGAAGGUGGAAUGCAAGAUUACAACUAUAUCUGGGGACAGUGCUUUGAAAUUACCCUGGAGCUGUCAUGCUGUAAAUAUCCUCCAGAAGACCAACUGGAAAAGUUCUGGAGAGACAACAAAGUUGCUCUGAUCGAAUAUAUCAAGCAAGUACACCUAGGUGUCAAGGGUCAAGUUACUGAUAAGAAUGGGAAUCCUAUUCCAAAUGCCAUUGUGGAAGCCGAAGGAAGGCCUCAUGUCUGCCCCUACAGAACAAAUGAGCACGGAGAGUACUUUCUCCUCCUUUUGCCUGGGACGUACGUGAUCAAUGCCACUGUACCGGGAUAUAAAUCGAUGCUGAAGACAGUGGAAAUACCCGACAACACUGGUAACUUCAGUGCUUUGAAACAUGAUUUCUUGUUCCCAGACGUCUCUAUCCGAUCAAGAGGUGUUUCGUGCCCCAAAAUUCCACUCUACCAAGAGCUCCAACGGGCUUCGGCUGCAGUAAAACCAACUCUACACAUCUUGGUUUUAAUGAUCGUUAUGCUUGUCAUUUUCAAAUAACGUCAGGAAUGGCGUGACAUGG